AUGAUGUUCAGUACUCGAUAUAUCGCUCUUGCAGCUAUCGUCUCGACACUGGCCAACGCGUUACCGUUUGACACAAUAAAGCGUCGUGUCCUUGUUCCUCGCGAGAAAAGCUAUGCUGUGAUCAACGUGGAUGGCGGAUCAUCGACCGGGGGGCCCGCAGACGCGACAACGAUAGUCGAAGAAACAACAAAGACUGUGCAAGUCACCGACCCUGGGCCAACGAUUACGGCAGAGGUCACAGCCACUGUGGUGGAGCCCGUCCCUGCACCGGCAGCAACCAGUACAAGCACUAGCUGCACAAGCAGUUCCACCUCUCAGUCAUCCUCAUCAAGACCAACACCGACUUGGACCUCGACGACGAUAAUACCGACAUCGGCUUCACCUGUCGCCUCGACGUCAAUCGAGACGCCGAAGCCCGUGUUUGUCACUGUCACCAUCACCGACGAUGCUGGGCCUACGGAGUACUACGACUCAGGAAUGUGGCACACUUCGUACAGGAUCAAGUCUUUUGAGGCCAUUGCGACAACUUCUCUUGUCUCGACGCCGAGCUCCAUCACGUCUGCGUCGACCGGACUGCCAGCUUGGUAG